GGUUUUAGAUAACAUAUCGUACGAAGUAGAGGUGAGUGGAAGGAAAUACCGACGAAACCGACGACAAUUCCGAGCAUCGCAAGAAAGACCUCCAGCACCACCAGCUGGUAUGGAUCCUGAGAUUGGACCUGAGCAAAGCAGUAGGGAACCCGAGAACAGUUCGAUUGUGAAUGAACCCAAUCUCGAACAC